AUGAAGGCAGAAUUGACUCCUGCGAAAGUAAGGAACUUCGAUCCCGUGCUAAGAGAUGUGUGGUUUAGGAAGACGGAAGAUCCGCUAUGGUUCUUCUCUUGUGUUCUUGUCCUUGUCCUCGCCUCCCUGGCCAUGGCCGCCCCUUGCCGGCUGCCCAGCCAAUUCAACCCCGGCGAGAGCGCCGCCCACAGCUCCGACUUCGAGGCCAGAACGACAUUAAGUUCUAGAUUAACUGAAGUUGUGUCAUGCAUCUGUCGUCCUUUCCCUCGCCUCCGUGGCCAUGGCCGCCAAACUGCCGGCCGCCCAGCGCCCCGUGGUCAUCCUCCGCAGCAGCCAAGUCAACCCCGACGAGAGCGGCACCCACAGCUCCGACAUCGAGGCCUAGAACGGCAUCGUGUUCCAGUUCUCGGGCUCCGAGGGUGUCAACGGCGGAGCCAACAUGAUCGGAACCUUCAGCUACCCCCUGGAGGACGGCUCUCUGGCCGAAGUGAAGUUCGUGGCCGACGAGAACGGCUUCCAGCCCGAGUCCUCCCUCCUGCCCGUGGCCCCCGCCUUCCCCCACCCCAUCCCCCAGUUCGUCCUCGACCAGAUCGAGUUCGCCCGCCUCGAGGACGAGCGCAAGGCUCUCGAGACCAAAAGAAAAAUACUCUUGUCCUCGCCUUCGCUUCUGUGGCCAUGGCCGCCAAGCUGCCGGCCGCCCAGCGCCCCGUGGUCAUCCUCCGCAGCAGCCAAGUCAACCCCGACGAGAACGGCGCCCACAGCUCCGACUUCGAGGCCGAGAACGGCAUCGUGUUCCAGUUCUCGGGCUCCGAGGGUGUCAACGGCGGAGCCAACAUGAUCGGAACCUUCAGCUAUCCCCUGGAGGACGGCUCUCUGGCCGAAGUGAAGUUCGUGGCCGACGAGAACGGCUUCCAGCCCGAGUCCUCCCUCCUGCCCGUGGCCCCCGCCUUCCCCCACCCCAUCCCCCAGUUCGUCCUCGACCAAAUCGAGUUCGCCCGCCUCGAGGACGAGCGCAAGGCCCGCGAAGAAGCAGCAGCUGCAAGGCAGUAAACGGUUCAUGUGCAUCUGCAAACAUUUCUAAACAAAACGUCCGAAUGCUUUCAUAAAAAAAAAUCGUUCCCUUUCUUAAUGUACGGAAGUAUCAGUAUUUAUUUACAUUUUAUUCCAAAUACACGAAAUAUUUAAACUGAAAAAA